AUGGCAGAAAUAUCAGUGAAAUCAUCGAAUGAUAAUCAAGCAGUGGAUUCUUCAGAAUCGAAUAAUGCAAAUAUUAAAAGCAAUGAACGACCAUUUUUAUUUGGAGUACAUUUUAAAUUAUUGAGAAAUCCAGAUCCAGCGAUACCAAGAACAAUGGUCGCAAUAGCCGUGAACUUUAUUCUUUCUCAUAUUCUUAUUUAUGGUAUUACCGGUAAUCCGAGAGCCGCAUUCUUAGGCGGAACUUUAACAAUUCCUGUAGCUGGAUUUACUGCAGUGAAAGAAGCAAAUCAAGAUUAUGAACGAUGGAAAGUUUUGAGAGUUUUAAAAAUUCGUGACGAUAUGCCUGAUGAUCAACUACCAUAUCGAACAAGGCACGAUUGGACUGAAUUUGAUCGUUAUUUAAGGGAACAUCAAUUACUAAAGUGA